GUGCGCACGAGCACAUUGUCCUCUCCCACUCCCAGUCCCUGAGGAGCUUGGCGACAUUGACGGAGCUUCUUUCCUUUUCGGUUUCAGAUACCGGAAGAGCUCAGAAGAAGAGCGGCAAUGGUGACGAACUUCAAUGGAGUUGGGGUCGGUUUCGGCUUCGGCGUCGGUUGCGGGUUCGGCAUCGGAUGGGGUUUCGGAGGUAUGCCUUUGAACUUUCUCGGUCUUGGUGCAGGCGGAGGAUGUGGUGUUGGGCUGGGCCUUGGAUGGGGGUUUGGGACUGCCUAUGGGAGUCAGUACCGGUCAUCUCGGGUUACAUUCCAAGGCUUCGAGUUCUCAAGCAAAAACCAAACUGAAGUAAAGGAGUCUAAAGACUCACCGGAGGUUGCCCGACACAAGUCCAAGAAAGACUGCUGGCUUGUCAUCAAUGGCCGGGUGUUGAAUGUGACGAAUUUCCUGGAAGAACACCCGGGAGGGGAAGAGGUCCUGCUGGAAUCGGCUGGGAAGGAUGCAACCAAGGAAUUCCAGGACAUAGGCCACAGCAGAGCAGCCCAGAGCCUGCUCGUGAAGUACCAGGUUGGUUUUCUCGAAGGAUGUAAAGUUCAGGAUCCUACUGGCUCUGAUGUCGAGCCCAAGGCUUCCAAGGGCUCUGCGAGGAAGGAGAUGAGCGCAUUCGUGGUCAAGGACGAACCUUCUGUCAAAUACGCUGCCCUACUCGAGUUCUUCAUUCCAUUACUGGUUGCUGGCUCCUACUUUGCCUACCGAUACUUUACCACCAUCAGUAAGAUCGACUAUUAAAUGUGUUAGAUCUUCUUGCAUUCGGAAAUGUUUGCCACAUCACUCGUGACCAUUCGUGUUCAAUGUCGUUUGAUUUUCAUAGUUUUCAAUCCCUGCACUAUGAUAUGUAACAUACGUUUACUAGAAUAAUGAAAAUUGUGUCUAAAAGCAAUUUUGUUUUGUUGUUUUCAUCA